AUGUCUAAGUCUCUGGUCUUCAUCACCGGUGCGACCGGAUUCAUCGGAGCUCACGUCGUCUUUGCAACAUUGAGAGCCGGAUACCGGGUUCGACUGGCAAUUCGCAAAGCCGAGCAAGAAGCUGGCCUCAGGGAGCGGUAUGCCGAGUUCAACAGCGAUAUCGAGAUAGCCGUUAUUCCGGAUCUAUCCAACAUUGAUAGUCUGAAGGCUGCACUCCAUGAUGUCGACUAUGUCUACCACAUUGCCUCUCCCAUGCCGGGAAGUGGUGAUGAUUUGGAGCGUGACUAUGUGAUCCCAGCUGUCAAAGCUACCCUGUCAAUGCUCAAUGCCGCAUUAGCACACCCGAAAAUCCAGAAGGUGGUCAUCGUGUCUUCUCUUCUCUCACUCACACCUCCCGAUGCUCUGAUCUCCAACGUGGCUGUCGCAAAGGAAAACACCGGUGAAGUGAUCUACGUCGACCCAGAAAUGAAGUUCGGAGAAGGCUUUGCAGGCCACGGAAUACGAUACGCCGUGUCCAAGAUCAAAGCUCACCAGGCAACUCGUGACUUCCUGAAGACCGAAAACCCGCACUACAAGAUCUUCACUCUGCACCCGUCUUUCGUACUCGGUGAAGACCUCAACCAGAAGACUGCUGCCGGGCUUACUGGAAUGAACAAUUUCUUCUAUAACUCCUUCCGCAGUGAACAGCCCUUGAUCGGUAACGUGUGGGUGCAUGUUCGUGAUGUGGCCGAUGCCCACGUGAAGGCUUUGCAAGCGGAUGCUGCAAACGGUACGGAAUUUUUGAUUUCGCACCCUGCCAACUCUUGGGAAGAAGCUGGGAAGUAUGUUCAGGAGAAUUAUCCUUCUCUGGGAUCCAAGUUGCAGCCUCCGUUCACUGGAAACUGGGAGGUUUAUCCCACCGCUGCUGAGAAGAUUCUUGGUAUCAAGUGGCGCUCGCCCGAGACCAUUAUUGACAGUGUUGUGAAACAGCAGUUGGAACUUCAGGCUCAGGAGGCGACUGCAUAG